AUGGAUAUUGGCUUCAAUGAUAUACGGCCACUUACAAACUUUGAAGUGUACGACUUUAUGAAAAAACGCAUGGAGUCAAAGGAUAAGGUUCGCGCACAGCAAACAAUUCUCUACACUGGGAUGAAAUAUUUUAACGAGAAAUCUUCGUGUACCGUUCAAACCCCGGAUGCCAUUCAAUCUUUCAUCACUUCCGUGAAGCACUUCAAUUUGAAGAAGCCUGAGUUGCUUGCGCUGAUUAAUAACUGUCCAUCUACUCAAGUUGAACUUUCAGUGAUGAUUUCGGACCUGGACACUCGCUUUACCCCACCUCAGAUUGAGAAGAUAAUCGAAGCAGUCUCUUCAGCAUUUCCAAAUGGAAUCGAAAGGGCUUCGCAAAUUAAUUCAUUAGGACUUCCUGAAGAACACGCUGAGUAG